AUGACAGAGGGCGUCAAGGGGGUCUACAAGGGUGAACCUUCCACGUCUCCAGCUCAGCUGCAUCCUCGUAUACCACUCUGGGUCCAGACUACAAGCUACCAGCGUCGCGAGACCACUCUUUCAAGACCUCCUCUCGUCGACCUCGCCGCAGGCAGCAACCGUCCUCCAACUACCCCUCGAACACAUCUCACCCGCUUCGGCUCCCAAACGCCGCCGCUGCAAACUUCCCCUCCUCCCACCCGAAAAAGCAGCUCUUUAGUUCGCCUCUCGACUCUAGCCGCACGAGGACCACCUCGCCCUCUCCUUAUCACGUCACUAGACCUCACGCACCUCGAGCGGAGCAGCUCGCACCGCGGCAUCACUCGGUAG